AUGUUCCACACUUCACUUACUGCUCUGGUCCCCUUCUGGGCGGCUUUGGCUUCAUGCUUCCCACAUCAUUCCAUCCACAACAACCUCCUGGUCAAAACCGAGUCUUUCGCCGUCCAAGGCACGGUCUGGCCGAACAAUUCAGCUGCACACUUCUAUGGCAACAUACCGUAUGCCGAACCGCCUGUUGGCGGACUCCGCUGGCGCCCGCCAGUGACGAGGUCCCCAAGCGCUGAAGUUAUCAAUGGUUCCUGGUUUGGUCCGUCAUGUAUUCAGUACAGCAAUGGAGAGGAAACUGCGUACACGGAGUAUCUGACGGGCUUUCUUAUCUCUCCUGGUCAGACUCAAAGCGAGGACUGUCUAACGCUCAAUGUUUGGGCUCCAAAGAAUGCGACCAAGAGCGACAAGCUGCCUGUAAUGAUAUGGAUCCAUGGCGGUGGCUUCACGUCAGGCGGAGCAGCGAGUCAGUAUAAAUACGGUGAUCGCCUAGCAUCUGAUCAGAACGUCAUUGUCGUGGCAUUGAACUACCGCCUCAACAUCUUCGGUUAUCCGAAUGCUGCAGCGCUCAACGGCAGGAACUUGAAUCCGGGCUUACUCGACCAACGCAAGGCAGUUGAGUGGGUUUACCAGAGCAUCUACGCAUUCGGUGGAGAUGCCGAGCAAAUGACCCUAUUCGGCCAAUCGGCUGGAGGGAUAGCCGUCGACUUCUACACAUACGCAUACCCAUUCGAUCCUCUGGUCCAAGGCUUCAUACCACAAUCUGGCGUUGCCACUAGUGCCACCCCCGAUCGAACCGGCUCCAACUUCACAUAUGUAGCCUCUCGCGUAGAUGCACAGACCAUCAUCGAGGUGUACAAUAGCUACAACGCAACCCUGAACGGCGGCAAAGCGCUCUCGUUCUCGCCGACGGCAGACAACCUGACUCGCUUCGAAAACUAUACCGACUUGCAAACCAGGGGCCUGUUCGCGCAUCGUCCGACAAUAUAUUCCAUGGUCAACAACGAGGGCAACACUCUCCUAGACUACGACCCAGCAGGAGUCAACCAAACCGCCGCAGCCGCCUUCACCGCCUCGUUCGCAAAUUGUCCAGGGGACGCCGCCGCAGCAGCGAAAGCAUCAUUCGGUGUACCCGUGUGGAGAACGCGCUACUUCGGCACCUGGCCAAAUCUCAAUCCACUUCCAUGGUUAGGAGCAUUCCAUUCUUCAGACCUUCCUAUGAUCUUUGGCACGUCCGAUCUACGCGGUCCAGAUACAGCAGCUGAGACAGCCACUUCGAAGUACUAUCAGGGUGCUUGGGCUGCGUUUGCGAGGGAUCCGAGCAAUGGGCUGAAGGAUUAUGGAUGGCCGACGUAUGAUCCGAACGGCAGGACGUUGAUUGAGCUUGGGUUGAAUGGAAGCACAAGUGCGGUGUUUGUCGAGAGUGAUACUUUCCAGUCGCAGUGCCAAGCGUAG